GUCGUCGUUGUUACCAAUAGGAUUUCUAUGACAAAAAUUAUUAUCCGAUGCUAACGAUGCACAUAGUACAUACAUGUUGUGUUGUUUGUGGUAUUGGGCUAAAAUUUUCUUUCAACUCUUUAUUUGGAUCGCAACGUUUGCCAGUACAGAAAGCGAGCAUUUCCUUUUCAGCACUCAAACUGAACUUGGUUUUUUUCUUGUACCUGCUUUUUUUGCCAAGGUCUUCAAAAUACUACGACCGGCCCGGAUUCAAGCGGCAAGUGAAACAAGCAGCAGGACUCAAUGCUGGUUUACUGCAAAAACCAAAAAGCAAGGGAUACGCAGCUAAAAUUGUAUGCAUGAGUGCAUAACAUGCAUACUGAGCCUUGUCCAUACUGCUGCUUAAACAAACAUCUUGGGGGUCUUUUAUUCAUCAAGAAAAAUUAGAAAUUAU